GUGAUGAACAGCGAACAGUAGAUGACCAAAACCGAAAGAAGAAAGAAAAAAUAGCCACCGUAACCGUAACUCUAACCGCACUCCUUCUCUACGUUUAACAUCUCGACGUUACUCGCGACUCUGGAACCACCGCAAAAUUCCCCCAAUCGCCAUGGUUGAACCUCAACGAAUUUCCGUUCAUCACGCUCUCGGCUCUGGCUUAGUUGCUGAUGUGUUGCUAUGGAAGAAUUGGCGUGGAGGAGUUACGUUGCUGAUUUCUGCAACCACAUUGUGGUAUCUUUUCGAGCGAGCCGGUUACAAUUUCUUAUCGUUUGUUGCAAAUGUGAUAUUGCUUCUUGUUGUGAUUCUGUUUCUAUGGGCGAAAGCUGCUAAUCUUCUUAAUAGACCGCUUCCUCCUCUGCCUGAUCUGGAGAUUUCAGAGAAAACUAUUGCAAAGCUUUCUGAUGUACUGCAAAUUUGGCUAAAUCGGGCUUUGUCGGUCGCACAUGAUAUAGCAAUUAACAGGAAUUUGUUUCUUUGUGCAGAGGUUGUUGGGGUGUUGUUGACAAUAUCUUAUAUUGGUAGUCUGUUUAACUUCCUGACUUUGAUCUACAUAUGUGUUCUUCUUAGCUUGUCUCUUCCUGUGGCAUAUGACAAGUACCAGGAUCUAAUUGAUGAGAAGAUUCAUGUGGUACAUGGGAUUAUUCACCCACAGUAUCAAAAGAUUCGCAGGAUUGUUUUGAGCAUUAUUCCAAAUCGUUCAAGCAAAGAAAAGAAAGCGCAGUAGGUACGCAUGUGCAGAUGGUUAACUGAAGUCUAGUUAGGAGCAUACAGAUGGAUGUGCAACAAAUGGAGUAUUUGAGGUUUUUCGUUUUCUUGGGAAGUUGUCGCCGUUUUAACUCAUGAUUAGUGAUGUGCUAAUUCUUCAGAAGCCAAAUUGACAGAGCUUUGAUGUAGAUGAUUACUUUCUUGUGAUUUUCAGUGUACUCCAUUGGAAGAUGCUUUAUAUGAAUUUUGAUAAAUAGAAAUAGAUACCCUUGUUUUAGGUUCACUCUGGAUUAGAUUACCAGAAGAGGGUGGAAAAGAAAGGACACGACUCAUGAGAACUUGCACAUCGGUUUGCUUUUUUAGGAUGGUAGUAUGGCAUGGUUUUUGGUUCAAUUGGAUUUUGGUUCAGUUGAUUUUAUGAUGUAUUCCUGAAAUUGUUUAAUCGGUAAUUACCGCUGUGUAUACUGCAAUAUUUUUACUUUUUCAAAUAGGAAUGCUGGUCUGGAAUUAUAAAAGUAACACAAUAUCUCACCACCUCAGGUUACCUUUGUACUUGCUUACUGUUAGGUAAAUCGUUUUGUGAUCAUUAUUGAUUUGUAUUUGCUGUUA